UCUACUGGAAGUAACCAGAACCAUUUUGGCUAACCUCUUGCUUCGUGCGACAUUACGUAAAAACAAAUACAUUUCUCGUAAAUUAAAGAGAAUUCCGAUUCUCAUUCGGCGAUAAAAUGUCCGGGGUGACUAAAUUGACCACCGGGCUUACCGGUUUGAAAGUUGCCAAGAACCCACAUCACACUCUGGGCGUUUUGUACGGCAAAAUCAUGCGCACCCUCAACAAAAUGCCUGAAGAUGCUGCCUAUAGAAGGUACACAUCGGCUAUUGUUUCCGAACGUGUGGGCAUUCUGAACUCUUCCAAUGAUGUAGAACAAGUUGAAUGUAAGAUUGGCGCUGGGCAAAUCGAAGAAGUGAUUGUACAAGCUGAAAAUGAGCUGGUUUUGGCAAGAAAAAUGUUGACCUGGAAACCAUGGGAGCCUCUGAUUAAGGAGGCCCCAGCCACACAGUGGAAUGGCCCCCUGCUAGCAAAUAAUCAUUCUAGUUGGAUAUUUAAAUGAUGAAGUGUAUUGUAUAUUAAAGUAAAUAUAUGUUUAGCCUGAACAA